AACUUAUUCCCGUAAAGUUAUUUUGUCCGUCCGUAAAACCAUCUAACCUAGUUUUAAUACAUCCGGUUGGCUAAUCCACGUAAAUACAUAGAUUACUAGCCUGGCAACACCUUCGUUUUAGUGUUUUGUUCUAAAAAAAAGGCGAAAUUAACAUAAAUAUCACCAUGAGGUCUUAAUGACUGGCUUUCGCCGCUCGCACAGCUAGUAUACAACUGAAACUAAUGUUAAAGAGUUAAACUUCCGUAUGUCUGUUGGGCUUAUUAAUGGAUAAUUGUAUGGCUUCGUUUGACGAAUUGAAAGUAUCCAAGGAUGAAAAGAAUGUUAGAUUUAAAGAUGUGACUGUGUAUUAUUUCCCGAGAGAACAAGGAUUUGGAUGUGUACCACACGAAGGAGGUUCAACAUUAGGAAUGUCUUAUGGCCAUACUGACUUUGAUACAUAUUCUUUGGUCGAUCAUGCCAAAAUGAGAAAAAGGUCAUACCACAUGGCAUUAGGAGAUUCGAUUGAAGCUAAUCAAAGAAGUGAAACACUUACUCAAAACGUGUCUGAUGAAACAAACAAACUAGAAGAGGAAGAUUGGUAUUAUUCUACCAAACGUUUUAAACCCGAACACAGACUGACACCUGCUCAGCGACGUUUACUUCUACGGCAAUCAAGUUUAAUAAACGUAGAUCGAAAUGAAGCGGACGAUUGUAAGGAAAUUCGAGAUUCAAGGAGAAAAAUUGGCUGUAACUGCAAGCGCAUGUGCGACCCAGACACAUGUUCAUGUAGUGUGGCUGGUAUCGAAUGCUUUGUGGAGGACGGCUCAUUUCCUUGCCGAUGUAGUAAAUCCAUCUGUAGAAAUCCACAUGGAUAUAUUGAGUACAACGCAGACAAAGUUCAGGAACACUUUACUAGAACCAUGGAAAGAAUGAAAAAUUACGGAGAUACUGAUGUGCCAGCGUAAAAACAACUAUAUUUUGUAAGAAGCGUUUCAUUGAAUGAUUUUAACUUGAUCACGUGACAUGCAUUGGCCACAGGUGCUUGUUUGCUUUAUCAGUUGCUUGGUUUUAUCAUUGACUAAAACGUAUAAGUGCCGAAAUAUUUUGAACAAUUGCAAUAUAAGAACAUGUCUUAAUUUAGUUUUUGUGCAAUAUAAUAUACAGCAUUAAUGGUUAAAACUUCUAUACAUAUAUGUUUUACAAACACAACUAUUAAAUCCGUUAUAGUUUUUGUUAAACAGUUUAUUAUAAUCUGUUAUCAUGGUAAUAUAUUGAAAAAAAAAACUGAAAUCACA